CAUAAUCGAGACUCAGACCAUAGCUAACGACUACUCUAUGGCGCGGUAUUCGGCGGAUCUAUUUCGGCUUCCAUGAUGUUGGGAGUGAGCCUUGCAGCUCCUGCCCCUGGGAGCCGCUGUCGGGGAGUACUAUCAUUGGUCUGUCCACGCGGUGAGCUCUGCCAUGAAACUGAAAAUGAUUCGACAUUCGUUCAAACUUGAGCAAGGCAGUCUCUCUUUAAGAAAACCCUUCUGUCCCUGAUCCCCCAAUAUUACUUUUUAUUGUCACGUCUCUUCCAUUCUUUAGAAUGGUGACAGUUCUCUUACUCACAUGCCUGGCUCUAUGCCAGACAGCUCUUUCGAAGACUGUCACUUACAAUUGGGAUGUGACCUGGGUAUGGGCAGCUCCAGAUGGACAUGGACGGCCCGUGAUCGGGAUCAACAACCAGUUUCCCUGCCCUCCUAUGGAAGCAACCAUCGGAGACAGAGUUAUUGUUAACCUCAAUAAUAAGCUUGGGAAUGAGACCACUUCUCUGCAUUUCCAUGGGAUAUUCCAAACGGGCACCAAUGCUAUGGAUGGGCCGUCAGGAGUCACACAAUGUCCCAUCCCGCCAGGUGGAACCUUCACCUAUGACUUUAUUGUAAACCAACCUGGCCCAUACUGGUAUCAUUCCCAUAAUAAAGGCCAAUACAUCGAUGGCCUUCGAGGUCCUUUCAUUAUACAUGAUCCUGCUGCUCCCUUCAAAUUCGACGAAGAAUUAACCAUUACCGUUUCUGAUUGGUACCAAGAUCAAGCUCCUGGUCUUAUCAACUUCUUUCAGUCAGCUACCAACGAAGCUGAAAAUGGUGGUUCCGAACCCAUCCCCAACUCGGCACUCUUGGCAGAUACUCAGAAUGCACAAUUCACAGUAAAACCGAAAAAGACAUAUCUCAUCCACUUCAUCAACAUGGGGUCCUUCGUUGGAUCCUUCACUAAGAUUGAUGGACAUAAAAUGACCAUUGUUGAGAUAGAUGGGGUUUACACAGCGCCACAAGACGUAGACGAGCUCUAUCUUACGGUUGCUCAACGCUAUAGCGUUUUGAUUACCACCAAAUCCGACACAAGCAAAAACUUCCUCAUAUCCAACACUUUGGACACAAGCAUGUUCGAUCAUAUUCCAGACUGGGCAAAGCCAGAUGUGUAUGGAUUUCUGGUCUAUGAUUCCAAGAAACCCUUGCCUGCAGUCAACCCGCUCCGGGACUACAGCGUUUUCGAUGACUUCCAACUUAUUCCGAGGGACCGGCAGAAGGCUCUCACCAACGUGGAUCAGCAGAUCAUACUAACGAUGGAUUUUGAGCGAGCCCCAGACAAUGAUAAUGGCAUCAACAGAGCAAUUAUCAACGGCGUCAGUUACGUGGGACAAAAAGUACCAACCCUUUUCACGGCGAUGUCAGCUCCUAAGAAUGUCGUUAUGAAUCCACUCAUCUACGGCGCAAACAGCAAUUCCUUUGUCUUCAAGCUUAACCAAACCGUAGAGAUUGUGUUAAUCAAUGAGGAUAGCGGUGGUCAUCCUUGGCAUCUCCAUGGUCACAACUUCCAACUCAUCGCCCGCUCACCACCGAAUACUCCCUACAAAGCCAGCGCCAUUCAUCCACCUCAUACGCCUAUGCGAAGGGACGUCGUCCAAGUCAACACAGGAGGCUACAUCGUCCUGCGAUUCACUGUUGAUCAUCCAGGCAUCCAAUUGUUCCAUUGCCAUAUCGAAUGGCACGUUGAAGCCGGUCUAACAGCAACAUUCAUCGAAGCCCCGGAUGUGCUCCAGGACACUCAAACCAUACCGCACGAUCACUACAAGACCUGUGAGUCGCAAGGAAUUCCUACCAAAGGAAAUGCCGCCGGGAACACGAAGAACUGGUUAGACUUGACCGGCGCCAAUACCGCGUGGGAAACUAGUCCUUGGGGUGCAUUAGUCAACCCACCAAAGAAACUGAGAUUCGCAAGGACGGCGAAGUCUUUCUUUAAGUAAAACUUGAGUGUGAUGACUGUCGCGAAACGAGGUGAUUAGAUGUAUCUAUUUCAGCGCCGCAUAUCAUUGCAUUCUGCUCAGCAGCAACGGAGUUUGGGAGGAGCGGAUUUACAAAAUUAGUUUUAGCUAUUAAUAAUAAUACGAACAGAUACCCAACUGAUCAAACACUUCAUCUUAUUACUUGCUUCCAAUAAAUCGUGUAUCCUCAAAGCUAAUAUUCAAGCUAGGAACCCUAGGCA